AUGUCUCCUUCCACCAGAUCUGGAAAGACUUACUCAGAGGCUUCUUCUGUAACCAGCAGCAGACGAUCCAGUACAACUCGGAGCGUCCACGAAAGGAAAAGACAACCUUGGAGCAUCGCGCAAAAAGACGGCGACCCCCUCGAAGCCGGACAAAUCAAUCCCACCGUCAAAAGACAGCUCAAACCCUCCUCAGUCAAAGGCAACAAGCCCAACGUUGAAACCAACCUCGCCGAAGCUGUUCGACUUACCAGGCAAGAAAAAGAUAGCUUCAUCGACUCCCAAGAAAGCACCGGCGAAAACCGCCGAGAAACCAUCGACACUAUUCGUACCAACGAAACCAAAGCUCAUCUCGACCCAACCACCAUCAGAGAAGGCCAGGAAGAGACAAGCCAUAGCUGUAGUCAUACCGAUGUCAACCUCGGCGAGAAGACCAGCGCCGUCUAUAGCAGACCCGCCGAGAACGACCCAACCACCGGUGCCCAACUACCCUCAAGCACCAGUCUCCAAGACCAAUCCAUCCCAAUCUUCGGACGCGAUGGACGUCGACCAACCGGAAGAUCAAGACCCGAACGAAGGAUCGGAUCCUUCGAUGGAUAUAGAACCAAUGAUGGAAGACCAGGCGUGCAGGAUAUAUCGGCAGCAAUAUCACAUGUACGAGACAGCGAAGAAGGCGAAUCAGCACGCAGACGCAACGAGAGCGCUGACCGAGUGCCAACGCUCGUACCGCAACAUCUCGAAGAAGCUAACUUGGCAGAAGCGAAAUCGGCCAAGCUCCUAGCGAAACUAGAAGGCCGCUCGCAGCCGACAGCAAGCGGAUCUCAACCCUCAGGAAGCUACAACUCCCCCAACAACCGCCAAGAGAAACGACCAGCCGAGACAGAUGUCAACCGACUAGGCAAGAUAGCGAAGCUAGACACCUCGUGGCGAGAAACAAUGGCGGCGGCCAGAGCUUUACAGCAAGCUCGAGCACAAGUGUUGGAGGAAUUACGCAAGGAGGAGGAAGCCUCCAAGCGCCGCAAGAAAGACUAG